AUGGAUAACGCUUCGACAAGUGAAAACUCCGCUUCAGCAGAAUAUCAAGCGGCAGCCAGCAGACACCGAAUUACUCCAUCAACUUCAACCACGGACAGCGUGGAGAUGCUUGGCGCGCCGGGUUCCGCGCGCGAGGUGAUCAUUGAGCCCGGAAAAGUCACAUCCUCACCGACACUUGCCCCCACCUUCCCCGCGACUCCGCCUCUUUCCUCUCCGCUCCGCAGCCUGCCCCCUCCACCCAACAACAUCCCACGUAUUACCGACUUGGGUGCACAGCUUCUCAUUGAGUCUCUCUUCAAAAGACAGUGUCUUGUUUCUUACAUAGCCCGGAGACACAUUCGCAUCUGGAACGGAGCAUAUCUGGUUCCACCCGCCGUUCUUUAA